GAGUUGUACAGUAACUAAUGAGCAACAGUAGAGUUUGAUUGGCACAAAGUGUGAGUUCCAAGGGCUAAAUCAUGCCCCUAUGUGGGCAAGUCUAUCGGCUAAGAAGUUGGUCUUCAUAUAGACAUGAACUAACUCGUAAUCCCAAUCCCUUUGAUGUAGCUCACGGAAAGCAAGCACCAGGUUUGCAUGUUGCUGAUCGCGCGGUGGGAGUCGAUCAUGUGUUGAGAAGGUGAUGUGGUUGUGUGUGUGAGUCGAGUUGGAGUUCGACUUUCCUAUAUCGAGUGUCCCUAGCUACGGGCCGGCUCAACCCUUCAGUACAUUAUAUUACUAGUGAUCGUGCACCUUCCCAGGUUCAUUGAGUAAGCCCCUAACAAUCGACUAUGACCGUCACUAACCGCCGCUUCCUAUAGCGGUAGACCGGGGAGCACCAUAAACACAACUAAGAGGUUUAAAGUCCUUUAUGCAUCAAAUGACGUUGUUGGAGAUGAAAAGUUCACCCACGUAAAAGAACAGGGUUCGAAAUAGGCAAAAAAAAAAAAAAAAGAACUGGGUUCGAUAGUUAGACAGGAAAUAAAUGUGUUGGUCGCCUGGGUAUAUUGGAUUUACGCGGUUGAUAUGAAUCUAUGAUUAUAUGACAGAGACAGAAAGACUGAAGCAUUAGAUGCCAACUUCAUCUCCUCCACAGAAUAAAAGAUGUCAUCUUUCUUGCCCUAUAAAUGGCGUUUCGUCGCCAUACCAAACAAACAACAAAACAAACAUAUAGGAAAACCACAGAGAAAUGGACAGAAACUCCCAUGAAUACCACGCCCAUAUAUCGACCAUCUUAAAGGCGCCCAGCCUUAUCCAUGGCGCUCCUCAGUACCCAAACGUCCACAAGGCCUUCAACCACGACCACAGAGCUUACUACGAAGAUCUGCAGCAGGCCAAGCCCAAGAAGCGGGUCCAGUUGAUGGAUCCAGCUGCUGGUCGUGUGACGUACGAGGCGGAAGUUGUUGAUGAUGAUGAGAGUAGUGUUGAUUCUGAAGCUGAUGGGUUCAUCCAGCAGAAGCACAAGAACUUCGAGCUCUGCAAAUGGAAGACUUUCAGGCUGUAGUACUGAUAUAUAUGUAUAUAUAGCAACGUCUGAUCUCACGGUCUAGCAUACUUAAAAAGCUGAAGCUGCUACCUGCUGAAAGAGUGAUUGACGACGUUAUUAUAUAAUUUUCAUAACUUACUGUUGACGUCGUUUUUGUUGUUGAGAAGACAUCAUGAUGGUAUGGUAGCUGUUUCUCCUACUGUUGUUCGUGACGAGCUUUAUACAGAGUGCUGCAUUUUAUUUAGCUCUAGUACAACCAAAAACAGAUCUGCUUCUAAUCUCCUGCAUCUGAGAGCUAGUGGAUACAGAAAAACAACAUAAACCAAUUUACAGUCAUGUUGUACAACUCAGCUUGAAUACAGUUAGUUAUGAUAGACAAUCGUACAUUAAAAUUCUUCACAUAUG